CAAUUCAAUUAGCAGCCAUCUUUGUUAGGGGUACCAUGACUUCCGGCCAGGGCGGAAGAGAACCUAAUGGGCUUGGGGGAGGUGCCUGAAUAGGGUUUGAGGGUCUGUUUGAGUUGGGUGAAGAAGGCGGGAAAUUAAUCCUCUUCCAAUCAGCUCCCCAUCUCGCCCUCUGGCGGCUCCGGACCACAGGCCGAGUUACUGUGAUUACCGGCAUGCUCCAAGACCGGCACUGACAGUCCCCACGUGAGGGACCGCGGUGGGAGUCCUAAAUGGGGGAGGAGGGGACGGGUGGCACCGUUCAUCUGCUGUGCCUCGCGGCGUCCAGCGGGGUUCCCCUGUUCUGCAGGAGCAGUCGCGGCGGCGCCUCCGCCCGUCAGCAGCUCCCGUUCUCUGUCAUCGGUUCCCUCAAUGGAGUCCAUAUGUUUGGGCAGAAUCUGGAGGUGCAGCUGAGCUCUGCGAGGACGGAAAACACGACUGUGGUGUGGAAAAGCUUCCAUGACAGCAUCACCCUCAUUGUUCUGUCAUCUGAGGAGGGCAUCUCUGAGCUGAGGCUGGAGAGACUACUCCAAAUGGUGUUUGGAGCCAUGGUCCUUCUUGUGGGACUUGAAGAACUGACCAAUAUCCGCAAUGUGGAGAGACUGAAGAAGGACUUGAGGGCCAGCUACUGCCUCAUCGACAGCUUCCUAGGGGACUCGGAGCUCAUCGGGGACCUGACCCAGUGUGUGGACUGUGUGAUUCCUCCAGAGGGGUCCCUCUUGCAGGAAGCCCUCUCCGGGUUCGCGGAGGCCACGGGCACGGCAUUCGUCAGUCUGGUGGUGUCGGGCCGGGUGGUGGCAGCAACGGAAGGUUGGUGGCGGCUGGGGACGCCCGAGGCCGUGCUGCUCCCCUGGCUGGUGGGGUCCCUGCCGCCGCAGACCGCUCGCGACUACCCGGUGUACCUGCCGCACGGGAGCCCCACGGUCCCACACCGGCUCCUGACCCUGACACUGCUGCCGAGCCUGGAGCUGUGUCUACUCUGCGGGCCAAGCCCACCCCUCAGCCAGUUGUAUCCACAGCUUCUGGAGCGCUGCUGGCAGCCACUGCUGGACCCGUUGCGGGCCUGUCUGCCGCUGGGACCCCGAGCGCUGCCCAGUGGCUUCCCCCUUCACACAGACAUCCUCGGGCUGCUGCUCCUCCACCUGGAACUGAAACGCUGCCUCUUCACCGUGGAGCCCUUGGGGGAUAAAGCAGAGCCUUCACCAGAACAGCGCCGGCGCCUCCUCCGAAACUUCUAUACCCUGGUCACCUCCACGCACUUCCCACCAGAUGAGAAAACGGAGGCUCAGCUUAUGAGUGGCACAGCCAUAUUCGAACACAGGGGAUCUGGCUCCCAUAUCCACACGGUCCAGCACUCUGCACUACUGAGCCAGGGCCACCAGAGAAGACAGAAGAUGAGGUCUACCAGGCCCAGCUGCCCAGAGCCUGCUACCUGGUGUUGGGGACUGAGGAACCAGGCAAAGGAGUGCGUCUGGUGGCCCUGCAGCUGGGGGUUCGGCGGCUGCUGCUGCUGCUGUCUCCCCAGAGUCCCAGCCAUGGGCUGCGAAGCCUAGCCACCCACACUCUGCACGCCCUCACCCCACUUCUUUGACUACCUAGCAGUGGGUGAUGGACACAGACAUGGGGCUGUUAGCGUCUCUCUGUUUAUUCGCUCACAAUAAUACACAGCCCCUGGAUGGGGAGGGGGUAGGAGGGGCUACGACAGGGUGGGGUGGGAGGGGAGGAGGCAUCCACUUCCCUUGCCCCUCUCCCCUCUGUGCUUGGGAGGGGGGAAGGGAGGGAGGGGGCUCCCCCUAACCCCCCAGAAUGUAAACAGCAGCAGAUGAACAAAAAUAAAAAUACAAAAGGCCGGAGGAAGGUCCCAGGCAUCCCCCAA